AUGAAUUUCAAGAGUUGGUUACUCGUGUUGCUGCUUGGUACAGCUGUUACUUUGCAGUUGACAGAGGCCAAGGAUGACAAGCAACUUCAUAAGCCCAUGCCGUAUAGGCUGUACGGAAAGCACCCGCAACAAGGACAAGGACAAGGACGUUCUGCAGAAAUCUUGACCAAAUUACAUUUGCUAAAGACUCCAACGACGACGACAACUUUAUUGCCACCACCACCACCGCCUGAAGGUGAUGAAGGCGAUGAUAAUACAGUCGUCCUCAAGGAAAUCCAUCUGAAUGCCAAGGAAGAUCCCGAGGACCAGCAUGACCUGGAGCUUGACGAAGAAGACGAUGGCGAAGUCGAAGAAGAGAGAUCCUUGGAUCUUGUGGGCGAUAACAACGAUGUGAAAGAAGCAUCCCAUGGUUCGGUUCGUGCUAGUCGCCCUUCAUCUAGACGUCGCAGAAAACUGAAGCGUCGCAGACGCAGACGUCAAAUGCGCAGACGUAGACGCAGGCGCCGUCAUCUUCGCCGUCAAAAGAAACGAGGCGGUGGCAAGCGCAAGAAGCGUGUUAGCAAAGUCAAGAGGAGACGUCGUCGCCUUAGAAAACAAAAGCGACGACUAAGAAGGAGACGUGGUUCCAAAAAAGGCAAGAGACGUGUUUCCAGACGCGGUGGCCGCAGAAAAGGCAUGAAGAAGCGCAAAUCACGCAAAUCGCGCAAAUCACGUAAGCAACGCAAAGCCCGGAGACGUAGGCGCAUGGCCAAGAAACGUAAGCGCAUGCGCAGACGCCGUCGUAUGCGCCGUCGCCAAAGACGCAUCCGAAGCAGACGACGUGGUGGACGUCGCGGAGGUCGUCGUAGCCACAGACGUCUUAGACGUGCUCGCUUGUAA